AAAGUGGAUGGUGCCAAACAACUCGUAGAGGCGCAAAAGUAGCAGCCCUGCGUUGGGAGCCCAGAGGAAGGAGAGAGAGCUCCGGGCGCUCGGGCGCGCGGGAGAGGCUUUCCCAGCGCUUUCCGCCUAGAGAAAGGCUCUGCUUUCGGGGCAUCCAUCCGAGGCUCUCAGCCCACCUGGAACCGAGUGACAGAGCGAUUAGAGGGGUGUUCUUCGCUGACGUGCUCGGUCCUAAAAAGUGAGGCUGCUCCCGGAUUUGCAAACGCAGAAAUACUCCCGGCGGCGGCGUUAGCGAGAAAGGUGAGCUUGCCGGAGGACAGCCUUCUCUCCCCGUCUACCCGGUGGGUCCCGGCCAUGGCAUCCGUCCUGGGGAGCGGCAGAGGGUCUGGAGGGUUAAGCAGUCAACUCAAAUGCAAGUCCAAGAGGAGGAGGAGGAGGAGGCCCAAGAGGAAAGACAAAGUAAGCAUAUUGUCAACUUUCCUCGCUCCCUUCAAGUACCUAAGUCCUGGCACCACAAACACGGAGGAUGAAGACAAUCUAAGUACCAGCAGUGCUGAAGUGAAGGAAAAUCGUUAUGUGAGCAACCUGGGGACCAGGCCCCUGCCCCCUGGAGACCGGGCCAGAGGCAGCACACCCAGCAUAAAAAGAAAAAGGCCCCUGGAGGAAGGAAAUGGGGGGCAUUUCUGCAAACUCCAAUUGAUAUGGAAGAAGCUCUCAUGGUCUAUGACGCCCAAGAACGCCCUGGUCCAGCUGCAUGAGCUAAAGCCAGGUCUGCAGUACCGGAUGGUGUCACAGACAGGCCCAGUGCAUGCCCCAGUCUUUGCAGUGGCUGUAGAAGUGAACGGGCUCACGUUUGAAGGCACAGGGCCCACCAAGAAGAAAGCCAAGAUGCGGGCAGCAGAGAUGGCCCUGAAGUCCUUCGUGCAGUUCCCCAAUGCGUUCCAGGCCCACUUGGCCAUGGGCAGCGGCCCCAGCCCCUGCACGGACUUCACUUCUGACCAGGCCGACUUCCCAGACACGUUGUUCAAGGAGUUCGAACCUUCCUCAAGAAGUGAGGACUUCCCGGGCUACCGCCCUGUGGACACAGAGUUUCUGUCCUCCGCCUACCGGCAAGGGCGGCUGCUCUACCACACCCUGGACCUCAUGGGCCAAGUUCGGCCUGACAGGCCCAGGCCAGCCCCGGGGGCCCUGGCCGAAAGGAACCCAGUAGUGGUGCUGAAUGAGCUGCGCUCGGGCCUGCGGUAUGUGUGCCUCUCGGAGACAGCCGAGAAGCCCCGAACCAAGAGCUUUGUCAUGGCUGUGUGCGUGGACGGGAGGACGUUCGAAGGCUCGGGACGCAGCAAGAAGCUGGCUAAGGGCCAAGCAGCACAGGCUGCCUUGCAGGCCCUCUUCGACAUCCGGCUGCCUGGCCAUACCCCCAGCAGGAAUAAAAGCAACCUCUUGCCACAGGAAUUUGCUGACUCCGUGUCCCAGCUGGUCAUACAGAAGUUCCGUGAGCUGACAGGUGGCCUUACGUCUGUGUAUGCCCGCCACAAAGCACUGGCAGGAAUCGUCAUGACCAAAGGCUUGGACACCAGACAAGCACAGGUCAUCGUCCUAUCUUCUGGGACCAAGUGCAUUAGCGGUGAGCACAUCAGCGACCAGGGGCUGGUUGUCAACGACUGCCAUGCUGAGAUUGUGACCAGGCGGGCAUUUCUUCACUUCCUCUAUGCUCAGCUGGAACUGCACUUAAGCAAGCGGCGCGAGGACUCCGAGAGAUCCAUAUUCGUGCGUUUAAAGGAGGGCGGCUAUAGGCUGCGAGAAAACAUCCUCUUCCAUCUCUAUGUGAGCACGUCCCCCUGCGGAGAUGCCAGACUCAACUCUCCCUACGAAAUCACCACAGGCUUGAACAGCACCAAACACAUCGUCAGGAAGUUCAGAGGACAUCUGCGCACCAAGAUUGAAUCUGGGGAGGGGACAGUCCCCGUCCGGGGCCCCAGUGCAGUCCAGACAUGGGACGGCAUCCUGCUGGGGGAGCAGCUAGUCACCAUGUCCUGCACAGACAAGAUUGCCAGGUGGAACGUGCUGGGACUACAAGGCGCCCUCCUCUGCCACUUCAUCGAGCCGGUGUACCUUCACAGCAUCAUCGUGGGAAGCCUGCACCACACAGGCCACCUUGCCCGGGUCAUGAGCCAUAGGAUGGAGGAUAUCGGCCAGUUGCCUGCCUCAUACCGGCACAACCGGCCUCUGCUUAGCGGCGUGAGUAACGCGGAGGCGCGGCCACCAGGGAAGUCUCCGCACUGCAGCGUGAACUGGGUCGUGGGCAACACGGACCUGGAGAUCGUCAACGCCACGACGGGGAAACGGAGCUGCGGGGGCUCAUCCCGGCUCUGCAAGCACGUGUUUUCUGCGCGGUGGGCACGGCUGUAUGGUAGGCUGAGCAUGCGAAUCCCAGGCCAUGGAGACACACCAUCCAUGUACUGUGAGGCCAAACUGGGGGCUCACACCUACCAGUCUGUUAAACAACAGCUCUUCAAGGCUUUUCAGAAAACUGGUCUGGGCACCUGGGUAAGAAAACCACCAGAGCAAGAUCAGUUUCUACUAACUCUCUAAGUACCAGACUCCUUUGCUAUUGGACCAGAGUGAAACACCUGGAGAGGAUGCAAGCAUAUGUCAGAGUGAAGUAUCCAUCGAUUUUCAGCAUACAUUUUCCAUCACUGUCCCAGAAAAACAAGCAUCUCCAUGUUUGGAUCAACAACUAGAUUUGAACUUGGGUCACGUUUCUCCCCAAGUUGCUAGUCCCAAGAACUCCGUCCACCAUAGCUAGAGGUAUCAGUGCCAUUGCAUUGGCUCCAGCCCUUGGUGGUGGUAUUAAAGGAAAGCUUCUAUUCACUGAAGGGAAGCUUGGAUGAAGGCUUAAAAAGUGGUAUUGAAGUGUAGUCAGUUAGAAACAAGCUUCAUGAAUCAUUCUCUGUGUCCAUGCCCUGCCACAGGCCUCUCUAGUGGUGUGUUUGGGUCUCACCAACACAAGUUUAUGUGACACUUGAAGAUAAGCCACAAGCAAAGAGAAAAGCCAGGAGCUCCCCAACUCCAAAGAACCCAACAGGAAUGCUCUAAUGCCUUCGUUAUUCAUUUAGAACUCUCCUUUCAGAGGGGACUUGAGGUGGGCACUCCUUAAGAACAACUAAAAUAGAACCAGAAACAUGAAAAACAUAAUUGCAAGACAAAGGAAUAGGGGCCCAAGGCACAAAUGAGUCAUGACCUAUGACCUGAGAAAACCAUUUUUAAAUAACCCACUGAUGGAGUAUUAAAGACCAUCCCAGACCUAGUCAAUUGAUCAGGACUCUUCAUUGCUUUUUGUAGGUAAUUAUAGCCCUCAAAGUUUAAGUUGUGUAAGAGUUUGUCAAUAACCUACAACUCUCUGCUAGGUAAUAAUAAGGAAACUGAGUUUUAGACCAAAUUCAAACCUUUUAGCUGGAUUUUUAUUUAUUUUUAUUUUAUGAGUAUGAAUGUUCUGCUUGCGUAAGUACACCCUGUGCAUACAAUGCCUGCCGAGGUCAGAAGAGGGUGUCAGAUUCCCCUGGAACUGGAGUUAC